AAUUAAAUAGAUCACUUUUACUUUUCUUAUUGAGUUAAGCGAAGGUUGAUAUUGAAGUAGGAAAAAAUCAACAUAAAUUUGAAUUUGUAAUUAAAAAUAUGUCUGAAAUUGUAAAAUUUUAUACCAACAAAAAUAUAUUUAUCACCGGUUCAACUGGAUUUAUGGGAAAGGUCCUAAUCGAAAAACUUCUAAGAUGUUGCCCCAACACGGGAACGAUUUACAUUUUAAUUCGUUCGAAAAAAGGAAAAUCUCCGGAAGAGCGUUUACAAGACUUUUUCAAUCAACCCAUUUUUGAAAACAUCGACCUCGAUCAAUCAAAUUUGAAAAAGAAAUUCAAAGUCAUCCCCGGAGAUGUCCUCGAAGAUAACUUAAAUCUAACCGAAAACGAUUUUAACGAUUUAAAAAAUAACGUAAACAUCGUCUUUCAUAUGGCCGCGAAUGUGCGGUUCGAUCAAGAUUUAAAAACCGCCUUGCAAAUGAAUACAGGCGGAACAAAACGCGUUUUGGACGUUAUUAAACAUUUUAAGAACAUCCAAGCUUUUGUGCACGUUUCGACGACGUUUUGUUAUUGUGAAAGGGAUGUUUUGGACGAGGAGUUAUAUCCGGCACCUCAUCAUCCAAGAGCGAUUCUCGAAUUAACCAAUUUAUUAUCCGCCGAAGAUCUAAAAGCAAUCACCCCGUAUCUUAUAAAGAACUUCCCGAAUACUUACGCUUACACAAAACGUCUUACCGAGCAUUUAAUUAAGGAGUAUUCGGAAUUUUUACCAAUAGUCGUCGUUAGACCCUCAAUAGUUACCGCAGCUUUAAAAGAACCAAUGCCGGGUUGGGUGGAUAACUUAAACGGCCCAACAGGAAUUUUGGUCGGAGCUGGGAAAGGAAUAAUCCGCUCAAUGCAUUGCAAUCCAGAUUAUUUCGCCGAUUUGGUUCCUGUGGACGUUUCCGUAAACCGAAUGUUAAUCGUCACGAAAGAUUUUGUGGCAAAUAGUGUUAAUAAAGAACCAGAAGUUUACAAUAUAAGCUGUGACAGCGAAAACCCAAUUUCUUGGGGAUCCGCUUUGGAAAUGGGAAAAAAACAUUUUUACGAGAACCCUUUUAGUAUUUGCUUAUGGUAUCCUUAUGGAAGCAUUAAAACUUCUUAUUUCGCUCAUUUAUUAGCGGUAUUUUUUUUGCACUACAUCCCUGCUUAUUUUAUUGAUUUUAUAAUGCCUAUGAUUGGACAAAAACCUUUUCUUGUUAACACCCAAAAGAGGAUAUCAACCGGGUUAGAAGUCCUACAAUAUUACACGACAAGAAAUUGGAUCUUCAAGCAUGAUAAAAUCAAAAAAAUCGAACAAAAUAUGAAUGAUGUUGAUAAAAAGUUGUUCUUUUCAGAUAUGAGUGACAUGAAUUGGGACGAAUACAUUUUAUUGUAUGUUUUGGGGGCACGAAAAUAUUGUAUGAAAGAAGGACCGGAAACUUUACCGAAAGCUAGGAGAUUGUUGACAAGAUUAUAUUAUUUGGAUUUAUUGGUUAAGUUAUUAAUAAGUUUUGUUGUAAUUUAUUGUAUUUAUUCGACAUAUUUUUAGUUCUGUAGUGGAUUACAACAUAUGUAAUUUAGGUAAUUUAGAUUGUAUUAAUUUAAAACGUUUACUUUUUGAGAUAAUAUUUAUAUUAUUUUGUUCAUAAAU